AUGACAUCUGCUUUUGUUUUCACCUCUCAUGGUGACCCUCACCACCAAAUAGCCAAAAAGCCUCCUGAUUCGACCAAACAGCCGCCGCCUAAAACCUCUUUUCGUGAUAAGCUUCUAGGCCCUUCACAAACUAAUCACACACGAGAAAAAGAGGACAUGAUCGAAAAGAAACUUGUCCGCAUAGAGCUCGAAGAUGGCAACCGUCUCCUUCCCAAAGUCUACCUUGAACCAAAAGUUUUUCAAGAUCUAUGCACUCCCUGGAAAGAUGCUAUUGUGAUCAAACUCUUGGGGAAGAACUUAGCCGUCUCCCACUGGUCUCCAGAAUUCGCUUCUCCAAAUGCAACUGUUGAGCGCACUGUUGUCUGGGUACGUUUUCCCGGUUUAAAUUUAGUUUAUUAUGAUGAAAGUUUCCUUCUUGCUAUGGCGUCGGCAAUCGGUCGUCCAAUAAAAGUGGACAUCAAUACUUUGAAUGUUGAGAGAGGCAAAUUCGCAAGAGUUUGUGUCGAAGUGGACUUAACGGUACUAGUGGUUGGAAAAAUUUGGGUGAAUGGACACUGGUACAAAGUUCAAUAUGAAGGUCUACACUUAAUCUGCACUAAUUGCGGUUGUUAUGGCCACCUUGGCCGGAAGUGCCCCCUCUCCAACACCGUGCCGGAAGUUGCGGCGAAUCAACACCGAGAAAGUCAAACUGUCAACAAUUCUCGGUCAACUCAUCAACACUCAAAUCGGAAUCAGCAAGAAUUAAAUGUUAUUUCUCAAAAUGGCAUUGAAUUAAAUGCAGGCGCAGAAGAAAAGGAAACAGAAAAGGAGCAAAUCACAAAUAAUAAGGAUGAAUCAUCAAAGCUGCAUGGUGAUUGGUUGUUAGUGACUAGGCGAAAAAAGAAAUCUCAUCAACUCACCACAGAAAACUCAAAAUCUGUUACACAUACAACAAAUAAUUUUAAUGUGUUGUCUCCUCUGGCCCACCAAAAGAAAUCCAAAGCAAUAAAUCAGAAAUUACCACCUAGACCAAAAGAGAGUGAAAUCGCGCGCCCCAAUAAAAGAAACACGGAUCCCAAACGACGACGUCAUGAUGACCAAGAUCAUGUGCCAAUUAUUUUCCCUUCCAAUCAUGAGCCAAUCAUUAAAAGUGACCCCACAUCUCACAAAAGCUUAUCCCAUGACCUUCACAAAAGCUUACCAUCCCCUCAUGCAAAAAAAAACGUGACCCCACCCCCCAUUUUGACUCAUGUGACCGUCCCAAAUGACCAUAAUACCCCUGACUUGGAAAAAAAUCACAACUUUGACCCUAGUUACAUAUUACAGCCUGUUCCUCACACAAAUAACGACCAACAAGAUGUCCACCUUGCUCAUGCGAAACCUAAUGAUGACAAUGGAGAUGAUAAAUUUGAAAAUUGUGAAGCUCCCAAGCACAAUGAGGAGGAUAUGGUCACUUAG